AUGACUCGGCCUUUCCAGAUCCCUCAGUUGCAUGGCGUUAGUCGAAACGUACAUCUGUUCGACGGGAACGGCGGCUACCAAAAUGACCCUCCCCAGUUGACCUCGGCACUCUUAUGCGCCAUGUGCGAUCACUUCCUGGGAUUCGAGUUCCCCCGGACUCGGUGGUAUCUGUUUGCAUUGGGCAAUAACAACACGGUUGUGGAGCGUGUUGCCCGCAACAGCGUGUACAUUCGACCUGGAAAAUACGCCGUACUGGGCAGAUAUUAUCCUCUCGAUGUCUGGGUGACAGACGAGCGACUCAUCCGCCGAGUCCUAACGCCUCAACCCCCAUCAUCCCAGCUUCGAGCCAAUCAAGCUCAUUUCCGUGACAGUCUCCGGCGACGAGAUGGGACAUGCGCGAUAAGUGGGCAUGGUGGCGUCCCCGAGGAGCCAUGGCUGGGAAUUAACGCUGCUCACAUCUACCCCGUCUCACAACUGGACUCCUGGAACUGGAAUGGUUACUCUCGUUGGGUGAUUGAUACGACCGAUCCUAGCUUGAUCGCCCCAAAUCGGCUUUUCUCGCCUGAAAACGGCCGGCUCCUCGAUUCGUCGAUCCAUAUCCUCUUCAACUACUUCAAGCUCGCGGUCAGUCCCGAGGUGAGACCGGGAAUCUUCACAAUUUCACUCUCAAUAAUGCAGGCUAAUCUCCCAUCUAGCAUGGACAUCGCGGAUCCGAGGACACGACCGGCCCGCGAUCGAAACCGGGCCGUCAGUGAUGAUCUUCUGAGGUGGCACUUUCACCAGGCCAUCCUGACAAACAUGAAAGGGACCGACGAAGACCCUUGGGACCUCGACUAUGCUGGCGGAGAUCCCAUGGACAUCAUCCUCGCCCAUGAAGAGGCAGCAGACAUCAUGGCGGCCGAGCUAGCGACCCGUCUAGGGGCCUACAUGGAGGAGACUGUCACAGCAGAGGCACGCUGA